AUGAUGAUGAAGAAGAAGAAGAAGAAGAAGGUCCUGGAGAUCAACCAGGACCCCAGGCUCUUGCCCAACAUCACCCUGGGCUACAACCUCUAUGAGAACUAUUUUGAUGCGAGGAUGACUUCCGAUGCCUUGCUAGACAUGCUUGCAGGCGGGAAAACUAAUAUUCCAAACUAUACCUGUGGAAGAUGGAAUCACUGGCUGGCUGUUCUUGAAGGGGCAGAUUCUGCAAUCUCGAAACAGAUUGCAACCAUAUCGAGCAUCUACAAAAUGCCGCAGAUCAGUUAUGGCUUAAAUGCUCAGGCUCUUAAUGAUAAAACCAAGUUCCCUUUUGUCUACCGGAUGGUCCCAAAGGAUGAAACUCAGCCCGUGGGGAUUAUCAAGUUGCUCCUGCAUUUUGGCUGGACGUGGAUCGGUCUCAUUGCUCCAGACAGUGACACAGGAGAAAGGUUCAUGAAUGCCUUGACACCUCUGAUGAUUGACAGUGGGAUUUGUGUUGCCUUCUCAGAAAGAAUACCAGAAAAGAACCUGUACAAAGCGCCCAUCCCGAGUAAACCGUUUCUCAUAUGGAGAGAAGUCAACGUAAUUGUUUACUAUGAGAAUGCUCAAAUGGGAUGGGAUCCAAUCAUGACACUACAAGCAUUUGAUAAACGAAUUGGGGCAAAAGUCUGGAUCACAACCGCUUUUCAGGAGAUGGACUUUAACUUGUCUUUUGGUCCUUAUGGCUUCCAGUACUUCCACGGUUCUCUGUCCUUUGUAAGGAAGCCCCAAGUAAGAACAAAACAUGACUUCUAUGACCCAUUCUCAGAUGCUCAGGACCAAUUUUGGGAGAAAGCAUUUCAUUGUUUAUAUUCCAAGAGCGUGUUGUCUGUGAGAGGUUGGACAAGAUGCAGAGAGAAGGAAAAUCUAGAGACUUUGCCCCAAGAGGAGCUUGAGAGGGCCCUGUCUCAAGACAGCUACAGCACUUACUUCGGUGUCCAAGCUGUGGCUCAGGCCUUAAGUGCUGCCUAUUCCCCCAGAGCAAAGAAGGCGUUGAUGGUGGGUGGAAGAGACAGGUUGAAACUUCAAAAACUGCAGCCAUGGCAGCUUCACCAUUUCUUAAAAGAAAUCCAAUUUUUGAAUGCUUCCAUGGGUGGACUGCAUUUUGAUGAGAAUGGGGAGCUGCCAGCCAACUUUGACAUUCUGAACUGGGUGAUGUUUCCCAAUGAGUCUUGUGUUAGAUUGAAAAUUGGGAGUAUAGAGAGAGAGACCUCCGCUAACAUAAAGUUCACCAUUAACCCAGAAGCCAUUGUGUGGCCCAAGAGGUUUCACCAGAUUGUGCCUCGCUCCAGGUGUACCAAAAGCUGUCGCCCUGGAUAUGCCAAGAAGGCUAAAGAAGGGGAGCCAGUUUGCUGCUAUGCUUGUGCUCCGUGUGCAGAAGGGACCAUCUCCACUCAGGAAGAUGCAGAAUAUUGCACCAAAUGUCCAGAAGAUCAGCAUCCAAACAAGGACCGAGACCAAUGUGUCCCCAAGAUGAUCAGCUUCCUGUCCUAUAAAGAAUAUUUAGGGAUCCUCCUGGCUUGCUUGGCCCUCUUCUUGUCAUUGACCACAGGCAUUGUGUUAGGAAUCUUCAUUAAAUUCCUAGAAACUCCCAUAGUCAAAGCCAACAACCGGGACCUCUCCUACAUCCUCCUUGUCUUCCUCCUGCUUUCCUUUUUGUCCUCCUUCCUCUUCAUUGGCCAUCCAAGGAAAGCAGCCUGCCUUCUCCAACAAACAGCCUUCAGCAUCAUCUUCUCAGUUGCCAUCUCUUCUGUGCUGGCAAAAACCAUCACUGUGGUGCUGGCCUUCCUGGCCACAAAGCCAGGGAACAGGGUGAGGAAAUGGCUGGGAAAGAGUCUGGCAAACUCCAUUGUCAUUUCCUGCUCCAGUGUCCAAGUUCUUAUUUGCACUAUCUGGUUGGGGAUUUCCCCCCCAUUCCCAGAUUCUGACAUGCAUUCCCAACCUGGAAAGAUUAUCCUUCAAUGCAAUGAAGGGUCUGUUGCCAUGUUUUAUGUUGCCCUAGGCUACAUGGGCUUCCUGGCUGCCAUCUGCUUCACAGUGGCUUUCCUAGCCAGGAAGCUGCCUGGGGCCUUCAAUGAAGCCAAGCUGAUCACCUUCAGCAUGAUGGUCUUCUGCAGUGUUUGGGUGUCCUUUGUGCCCACCUACCUGAGCACGAAGGGGAAAUACAUGGUAGCCGUGCAGGUCUUCUCCAUCUUGGCCUCCAGUGCUGGCCUUCUGGGCUGCAUCUUCAUUCCCAAGUGCUACAUUAUUAUACUGAAGCCUGAUCUUAAUACAAAGGAACAUCUGACAACAAAAACUAAAGACAGUUUCUGA